CCGUGAGUGGGGGCGAGACCGAGCGUGACGACCUGGCACGUGCGGAGGAACAAGCUGGGCUAUGUGAGCGUCAAGCUGCUCACGUCCUUCAAAAAGGUGAAACACCUCACCCGGGACUGGAGGACCACCGCGCACGCCCUCACGCACUCGGUGACCCUGGAGCUGAAUGAGGACCACCGGAAGGUGAGGAGGACCACCCCGGUCCCGCUGUUCCCCAGUGAGAACCUGCCCAGCAAGAUGCUCCUGGUCUACGAUCUCCACCUGUCCCCCAGGCUGUGGGCCCCGGCCGCCCCCCAGAAGAAUGGGCGGGUGCAGGAGAAAGUGAUGGAGCACCUGCUCAAGCUCUUCGGGACCUUUGGGGUCAUCUCGUCAGUGCGGAUCCUCAAGCCCGGGAGGGAGCUGCCCCCCGACAUCCGGAGGAUCAGCAGCCGGUACAGCCAGGUGGGGACCCAAGAGUGCGCCAUUGUGGAGUUCGAGGAGGUGGAAGCGGCCAUCAAAGCCCACGAGUUCAUGAUCACAGAAUCCCAGAGCAAAGAGAGCAUGAAGGCUGUCCUGAUUGGGCUGAAGCCCCCCAAAAAGAAGCCCCCCAGAGACAAGAACCAUGACGAGGAGCCCACUGUGACCGUUCACCUGAACAAGUCCCUGAACAAGAGAGUCGAGGAGCUUCAGUACAUGGGCGACGAGUCUUCCGCCAACAGCUCCUCGGACCCUGAGAGCAACCCCACGUCCCCGAUGGCUGGCCGGCGGCAUGUGGCCGCCAAUAAGCUUAGUCCUUCUGGCCACCAGAAUCUCUUUCUGAGCCCCAACGCCUCCCCGUGUUCAAGUCCUUGGAGCAGCCCAUUGGCCCAACGCAAAGGAGUUUCCAGAAAGUCCCCCCUGGCAGAGGAAGGCAGACUGAACUCCAGCACCAGCCCCGAGAUCUUUCGCAAGUGCAUGGAUUAUUCCUCGGACAGCAGCGUCACCCCCUCGGGCAGCCCCUGGGUUCGCAGGCGCCGCCAGGCCGAGAUGGGGGGCACCCAGGAGAAGAGCCCUGGGCCGAGCCCACUGCUCUCCCGGAAGUUGCAGACUGCAGAGAGGGUGCCUGUGGGGGUGCUGAGGCUGCCCAGGGGCCCUGACAACACCAGAGGCUUUCAUGGACAGGAGAGGAGCAGGGCCUGCGUGUAAAUACCUUCUAUUUUUAAUUCCAGCUUCUUUGAAAACUGCCUUUGUUUUCAAAGCUCUCACAGACACCUGGCAUGACAUAAGAUGGGACUCGUCCCCUUGAAAAGGUUUCGUACACACGUCGACCUCUUAAUUUAUACAUUUGCAAUGUGCGUAACGUGUCCGGUACGCUGUGGCCGUAAGCCACCUGCCGGGUCGAACGCCCAGCCCUCCCAGCAUGGCUGCUUCCUGUUGUUUUGACGAUGCUUGACGUGUGAGUGUGAUGGCUCUGAAGGGCUGUGGGACAGAGACCCCUAGGGAAGGUCUGGACUCAGGCCUCUUCUUCGGGACAGAAUGUCCCCCCGCGGUGACAGCUGUCCUCAGCCGUGAAGCUUCCCGAGCACCCAGAGGCGUUCUGUAGUGUAACGGCAAGCCAUGAAACCGGGAGCGUGGGGUCUUGUCGCCCCGGCGAGUGUUACCUGUCACGUGAAUAAAUAAUAAAACUCUCA